AUGGGGAGCUUCCGAUUUGCCGUUGUCUUCGCAACUCUGUUUGGAGCCACGCCCGGUGUGGCGGUGCGCUCGAAUGCCGAGACUGACAACCAGGUCAGGUCCAUGGAACCGAAUCCCGCGGAGGACGUCAACAAGGACGUCAAAAAAGCCUUCUGCGAGAACUUCGGCGAGAUCGAGUACAAAGUGAAAGGGAAGGAGGGAAGAAUGGCUCACCCGUGUUGCACGGAGGCCGAGACGUGUUUCGGAAAGGAGCAGAUUGGGAAGUGCCAGGUCCAGUGCACCGUGGAGGCUCUGGCAGGCAUCGCCUCUCGCGGGCUGAAGUCGCACGAGCGGUUCUGGGCGCCUGAGACCUGCGUCAAGCCGCCAGUCGAGUCAAAAGAGAAGGAACUGGUGGCGCAGCAAACGAACGCCGCGAAAGAGGACGUCGUGGUGGUUGCGGGCGAGAACUACUUUCCUGACUUUGUCAGGCAGAACGGAAGGCUCGACAUGCCGGUUUUAGAUGCCCACUUGACCGAGAGGCUGCGCGUGAAGUGCUACUAG